AUGCGCAAGUCAGAUUACGGUAGAAGCAAGAGAGACGGAGGUUACGCCGAACGGACAGUUAAUCACAAUAGUAAAAGACUGACAGAACAGACAGCAAUUCGAUACGCGGUUUGGGUGCGAUUGGGUACAAAAACGAUCAGCUGGUGGCGAGUGAUUGGUAAUACGAUAGCCGGGAGACACGCACGGCGGUUGAGGGAGGAGGGACAGCUUAGCCUCAUAAAUUGCCAUCGGUGGAUCGUUUGUCAUCGUUGUUCGAUUGACCGCCUCGCGCUGAUGAAUCAGGCGGUGGGUGGCAGUGUGUACGGUCGGUGGACGGUCAUUCGAAAGACCUUGUCAGGCCAGACCAGGCCGCGUUGCUCCGUCAGCUUAACGAAUCACGCGCGGGGGGGGGAAGGCUGCGUUCGUUGUUUCGGCUCGGUCCAUGGGAAAAAUGGCAGCACCGUCUUCUCGGUGUCCCGAUCGUUUGGACAGUCGACGAAGGUUGUUUGUCAUCGUUGUCAUUGUGAACAAGGCCGGAAGAAAUCGACAACUGUGAAUGUUCGCGAACCUGCGACAAAGCCUGCUAGACUCAACGAGAUGUGUAACGCUUGUGUCGUGUGUCGAUCACCGCCACCGACCCUCAAAGCCUUGGUCACGAUUCUUUUUUCGGCGACAGACGGAACGUUCGUCCGUGCCUCGGCAGGUGUCGUUCUUCAAAGCGUUUCUGACAUGCUUCCGAAGGCGCCUACCGCUGGGAGGAAGUGCUGUUGGCGACUCGAAACGGUGAACACCGUUGUGCGUCUCCAGUUUUUCUCCUCACCCGAAAGCGUGACGACCGAAGAACAUAUGCUGGCUGAGGUGGCCGACGUUUCAGGUUUCUUGUCCACCAGCAAUUCGUGCUGUUCCCGCAGUAGGCGUUCGUUUUGUCGGUUUCGACGGACACAUCGCGACGACAGUCAGUCUGUAUGGAUGGACCCGGAAACAGGAACUUGCUGA